AAUCCAAGAUGGCGAACGCGGUCGAUCACGGAGACGCUUUGUCUUGUUUUGCAAGGAUAGAUGCAAAUAUUGUAAGAGUCCUUACUACAGUGGAAGAUAGGGCUAAAGAUGACGUUAUUGACGAACUCCUGAUGGAUUUUGAAGCUGAUCAACUGGAAAGCUGUAGAGAUAUAUUGUUCGAAUCGUGCGAGACGAAAUUAUUGAAUGAAUGCAUAGAAAAAUAUGGACCUGAUUUAGGUGGGAAUAAACCUGUGCUGAAAAAGGUGACACGACGGGACGGGAAAUCAAAGCUGAAUUUAGUUGGAGACGAUAUCUACGGUAUGUACGUUUACGUAUCAGGUCUUUCAACAACGUUCCCAAGAAAUGUUGUCACAUCCAGAAGCGUUGUCCCAGAUGUGACAACGUCACAGAAUAUAUUGGAUAGUCAAAAACAAAGGCCAAUGGAUGCAAAGUUUCUAGACUUGCAAUCUAAACUUGAACUCUUACAUUCUGAAAUGACUGAUCUUAAGAAAGAGAUGAAGAGCAGGGACGCUAAGAUUGAAUAUUUAUGCAAAAAAGUACAGGAUUUGGAGACGGAUUCAAAAUCCAGGGCCGAUAAAAUUGCAUCAUGUGAAGCUGAACUGGACAGGCUAAACAAGGUCAUUGAUUGCUCCUACAUAACUAUAGACUCUAUCGAAUCUGAAAAUGGAGCCAAUUUACAAGUUACAAACAGUCAAAAUCAAGGCCUAUCCUCGAAUCAAGGUGACCGAGAAAAGGGCGCGAAAGUGAGUAGUGGUUAA